GAACUAUUCUGAUUCUGACAUUUCUGACAAAAUUGUUUAUUCCAUUUAUCAUAUCGCUUUCUUUGUAAAUGGAUGUGAUAUAAAUAUUUCUGAAUCAUGAACAAUGUAAAGCGAAGUAUUUUAAUUUUCAACGUAUUAUAUUUAUUACAAUACCCUAUAGAAAGUUAUGGAGACAGAAUUAAAGAUAAAAUGUACGAAGAUAUACCCAGUUCGAGUGCUUGUUUUAGAAAGCUUAAUGGAACACAUCAAAUAGGAUGCAGCUCGACGAGAGGUGGUUCUACGGGAGUUAUCCAUUUCUGUGAUACCGAAAAAGACUUAGAAGAUAUAUUAGCUAAUGGAACUGGUUAUCCGUACAUACCAAUUCUAGAUUACGGGUUAUUCAAUCCCACCAUAUUAGACACCAUGAUAAGCAGCGAUAAAGUAAACGGGCUUAUUUUAUACACAAACGAAGAUAAUCCUGUUAAGAAUUUAACUCACGAACAUCCUUGCCCUAAUCCUUAUUCGAGUAUAGAAGGAACAUGUAAAAAGGAAUCGCCGUGGAAUCCUUGGGGAACGGGUUUACUUUACAAGGAUAUACCUUUUCCGAUAUUUUACGUGGAUAGUGAAAAGGAUAUGGAGCUGAUUAGAAGUUGUUUUGAGAAGUUUAAUAACUUUUCUUAUUCUGAGCAAAUCGACAGAUCGUUAUGUUCGUUGGAAUUGAAAUCAUUUAUGUUUGCUACUACAAAUACUCCCACCUGCAUAAGGAGGUCGAACAUCGUUUCGAAUUUGAAUCCGCAGAAGUUUUGCGAUCCGUUGGGAAACCAAAAUAUUUGGGCUAGUUUACAACCUUUGGCGGAGGGGCCGAAGAAAAAUGAAACUAAACCAUUAAAAGGUUAUAAGUACAUAAUUGUAACUGCCAAGUUAGAUACUACUUCUCUAUUUGAAAAAACUAGCGGUGCUAGUAGUCCCGCUACAGGGAUUGUGACAUUGUUAACACUAGCCAAGUAUUUAAAUGAUACUAUCAUGAUGGAUGAUGUUAGAAAUGCAAAGAAAAAUGUGCUCUUUUUCCUUUUCAAUGGGGAAACAUACGAUUAUAUUGGUUCUCAAAGAAUGGUCUACGACAUGAUAAGAGGAAACUUUCCCCUAGAAAACGCUGACAAUUUGGAUGUAUUACCAGUUAUUAAACCUGCAGAUGUUCAACUUUUAAUAGAAAUUUCCCAAUUGGGAAAUGCGAAGGGGAAAUUUUAUGUGCAUCACUUAAAGGAAAAUGAAAAUAUCAACAAAUUUCUGGAUUACAUGAAAAAUUACACAACACCGGAUACAUAUGAAAGUGUGCCAAAUAGUUUACCACCAGCUUCAUUGCACACAUUUUUGAAGAAUAUACCCGACUUUCCGGGUAUUCUUAUAACAGACCACAAAACAACAUACUCCAAUCAUUUCUACAAUUCUAUAUACGAUAAUUCCGGUAAUAUAAAAUUUAAAUAUUACAACUUAACAGAAGAUAGUAAAAACGAUGAAUUGUUACCGAAAGAGAGUAUUCAGUAUUUUAUAAAAAACGUUACGGAAACUCUGGGAAAAUCUAUUUAUCAGGAAAUCACUGGUAAAGCUUAUAAUGGUAAAAUAAAUGCCGAUACGGUCCUGAUAGAUGAAUUGUUACAUUGUUACUUGGAAGAUGCUAAUUGUAAAGUACAUCAAGCGAUUCGAAGAGAUAUUAAAUUGCCGAAAAUUCCUCUAAGCCUCUACGUUAGCGUUAAAGGAUCUGAUAACAUUGCUUCUAAUUUAGCUGGAUUAACUUUAGGGUGGUUAACUGGCAAUUCAGUAGGCCCUGGAAAUAUUAAUUGCACAAAUACACCCAGAGCUUAUGCUUUCAGGUUUUACAAUAUGUCUAAAAGCCUGCGAGAAUUGAAUGUAAGCGUGUGUUAUCAAGUAACCAUGAAUGCAACUGAUGCAGUUAGUCCUGCUUUUUCGAUUAAGGAUUACGAUUGGACAUCUGGACAAUAUAGUUCGUGGACGGAAUCGACGUGGAAAGAAAUAAACGUUAGAUUGUUUUUGAGGCCGUCUGCAAAUCAGGGAAAAAUCACGAUGGCUAUUGGCUGUAUAACCAUGGCCUUCUCGUUUAUGUUGGUUUUUUUCUUAAAAUCAAAGUCGUCUGUGCUGUUUGCUCCCCUAUUACCGACUGAAUCGCCGGCGGAUUGUUGAAAAAAAACGAGUCGAAUUUUCUUUUUCUAAUUUUUUUAAAUUUUUAACAAUAAUAAGGAUAAUCUUUUUUAGUAACUCGAAAUUCAUAUUUUAAACAUUUCUUUAACAAUCUGCUACGAUAAUUUAAUAUUAUUAUAUUACAUUCAAAACGAUUAAUUAUUUUGUGAUAAUUGUUUGUAUUACUUUAAAAUAUUUAUAAUUUAUUCGUAAGUCUAGGGAUUUUUCUUGUAAGUAUAUUGAAUUUAUUGCUGUAGGUAUUUUUUAUGUUUUCAACAUAAUUUUUAGUCACCUAUUUUUUCUAUAAAAAUAUGAAAAAGUCAAAAUGGAGGUAGACUUUGGAUAGCUAAAUUGUUCAUUAUCUUUCGUAAUCGAUUAUACUUUUUUUUAAUAAAUUGAAUCACACAAAGAGGAGUUAUGUUUUGGUUAAAACCACUCUUUUUUUUUGGAGUAAAAAUAUUUGUAUUUUUUACAUUAAUACAUUUUGAGUACAUUUUUAAUUACCUAGAAUGCCGUAUUAUCAAAGGUCGGAGAGUCACAAUACACAUUAAUUGCUAACUUCACUUGAUUGUUUUAAGUGGCAAUUGAAGUACAAAUUGAAAUAUCUUAUUAUUUUAUUAGGCAUUUACACCGUAAAUGGCGUAAAUAGUUGUUUUCUGGAUACUAUUGUCAUACAAUCGGAAUAUUGAUCUUACUUAUGUUACCGA